UAUCUCCAAUAAUAAUACUAUCGGUUUAUUUCCCCUAGUCUUUUUUAUAAGAAGAGAGAAAAGAACCCUGGGGAUAAUCAGAGAGGGAUAAAAAAAGAAGCUCAGAGCAAGUGGAGCAGAAAAAAAGAAAAAGAAACUGUCUGAUGAAGUAUAACAACAAGAAAGAGGAAAACUAUAUCACAAGAAAAAAUAAAAAACAUACUCAGCAUAGUGCAACAAGUGAAGAAGAAGAAUCUGCAGCUGUGGCUACUGCGAGGAGAUUGUUGCAGGCUUCAGAUUCUGGGGCUUUUGCAGAUUGGGUUGCUAAUUCUUCUAAUUCAUCUGCUGCUGCAGCCAUCGGCGACCUCUCUUUAGGUUUCAACGCUGGCACCACCAUUGGCGGUGGUGGGUCUGGACCCACCAGCGCCCCCGGUGGUGCCGGAGGCCAUAGUGGUAUGUGGUCUGCAUCGUCGUCUCGACAGAUGCAGAUCAACUAUGGCCUCCACCAACCAGAAAUGGGUAUGUUUGUUGUACAUCCCGCAUCACUUCACCACCACCACCACCAUCACCAAAAUGAAAACACAAUCAAUUUUGACCCUCAUCAUCAUAAUCAUCAGUCCAUAAAUACAUCUGGCACAAACACAUCUCUUGGUGUUGGUGUAAUCCCACUCCUCACAGCCACUCCUUUAACAAACAAUAUGGUUAGCUUUGAUGAUCAAGAUUUGGUUAGCAGAAAUAGAGGAGGAAAUAAUGAUGGUAGUGGAUUUCAGUUCUUUUCAUCAAACCAAGUACAACAACAAAAUUCUACUAAUUAUACUAAAAACAGUAGUAACAUUCUUGGUGGUGGUAACAACAUUGGUAGUGGAAACAAUAUUGGUGGGUCAGUAUCAUCAACAAGUUCAACAACAACAUGUCAAGAUUGUGGAAACCAAGCAAAGAAAGAUUGUACACAUAGAAGAUGUAGAACUUGCUGUAAGAGUAGAGGUUUUGAUUGUACAACACAUUUAAAGAGUACUUGGGUACCAGCUGCAAGGAGGAGAGAGAGACAACUAAUGAGUGGUGCAACAAAUGUUAAUGUAGCUGCUGGAUCUUCAUCUCAGUCUACUUCAAGUGCCAAGAAACCUAGACUUUCUCAAACGACUACAACAGCUUCACAUACUUCUACUUCAAAUAAUAAUACUCCUCCUAGAAGUUUCGACACUAGCUCUAGUCAUCAAGAUGCAAGUUUUAAAGCCUCAUUGCCAGGACAAGUGAGGGCACCAGCUGUAUUCAAGUGUGUAAGAGUGACUUCAGUGGAUGAGGGAGAUGAUGAAUUUGCAUAUCAAGCUGUUGUGAGAAUUGGAGGCCAUGUUUUCAAGGGUUUCCUCUAUGAUCAAGGACUUGAUGAAGGCAAAGAUAAUAAUAAUAAUAAUAAUAAUAAUUUUCCCAAUUUAUCUGACUUGCAUUUAGGUGGUGGUAAUGCUAAUGAAACUUCUGUUCUUUAUGCUGCUUCUACUGGUGGUGGAGGAUUACUUGGAGGAUCAAACUAUGGUAACCAAAUAAAUUGAUUGUUAUUAUUAAUUCCUCUUUGGAAAAAGAAUUUGAUGAAAUGAUUGUAACUUAAUUAAUAUGUUCUUUACUUUCUUCAUCAUAUUAUAAGUGAUGACAUAAUUUUUAUUAUUUUUCUU